AUGAGGGCUUUAACGUAUAACGAUAAUUUAGUAAUCAUAAUUAUUACCAUUUUCCUGUUGACCGUUUUACCAACAGGAUUUACACAAUAUAUUAUAAAUUAUGACUAUAUUACUUAUGAGGAAACAUCCGUUCAGUCUAAUCUUACUGGAGCACCACCGCGCAUUAUAGAUAUUAGACACUAUGAAGAUAAUCUGGGUAUAGCAGUUGUUCGCGUAGCUCGGGAGAAUUACAUCUCUGGCAUUAAUAGAUGUUAUGAACGGAGGCUAUUAAUUCGUGUUAUUCAAAAAAAUGGAACUAUUAUACCGAUAAAUAUUGUUAAUACUACAUUAAUACAAGAAAUACAAGAUAUCAACUAUUGCUAUGUUAACUAUUUUACUCUUUCUAAAAAUCCUAUACAAGUAUACCCAUUAUUUGAAAAAUACAUUUUAAUAACAUAUACUCAUGCGACUAAUACCUCUGAUAAUACAACUUUUGUGGACAAAGGUGCUGUUAUAGAUUGGAACGGAACAUAUAUAAGUACACUUGAUUUUGGACCAUCAUUUUUGAUCCAGGGCAAAUGGCUACCAAAUUCAUACAUAAUAAAUAAUAUUAUUCCAAGUAAGGGAUUUUUGUAUUUAUCCACGGUUAAGGGAACAGGUGAUUUCGGAUGGAGACAAUAUGAACACAUUGGCGAUGGACAAUUCAGUUUAAUACAAAGUGAUAGUGUCAAAAAUGCACCUUUUACCAGCUUUCAAGUAACCGUAUUUGCAACUUUAAACGGUGGAUACGCGCUUGUAUAUGCUAAUACCACCGUUAGAAAUGUAAAUUUAACCAAUCCGACAAUCGCUCCAUUUUCCGCGGAUGCAGGAAUAUAUGCUAUUAUGUUGAAUUAUAAUCAAGAAAAGACACCUCGACAAAUUAUUUUAUAUGAAAUGCCAAUUCAGAACUUAACAUUUACUAGCAUAUAUUGUUCUGUCGACCACGUUUUCAUUGGCCAUUCAUGCAUUGCGGCUGUAGUACGUACGCAAACCAAUCAAGUUCCGAAUGUUACUACUACCGUUGUCACAACUACAGUGACUCCUGUGGGUGCUCCACCAACAGUCUUACCAGUUACCACCACUAUAUCAGCUCCACCUACUACCACUACAACCACAGACACAUUUUAUGUGAGAAUACGGUUUCUUUCUUCAGGAUCUGUUUUGUCAUUGGAUCCAAUAACUCCAAAAUCCAACAAUACUUUACCGAUAAUUAAAACACUACCUCUUGGAGGAUACGCAUUAAUAACUCGGCAAUAUACCGUACAAAGUUUUAGUUUCUCUUUUGAUCUUUACAAUGAAUAUGAUCAACAAUCCAAUUAUAGCUUUCCAUUGAAACCUAUUGUUGGAAAUGUGUAUAGCGCCUAUGAUAUAUUGAACAAUAAUAAGAUGUUAGUGGUACUAAAUGAAACGAUCACUUCUUGGAGUAUUCUUUCAAUCGACUUGCCAGCACUUUCCCAGUAUAAUGAUACUGGUUAUGGCAAUUUACAUGUGAACACAACGUAUCCUCAAAUAGGUGUUAGGAAUCUAACAGUAAAUACCCUCAGGAUUUCCAUUACGUAUCAAGAUCCUAUCGCACUCAAUGAAGGCAAUUUAAAUAUCUAUCAAAACAUUAGUGGGAACAGCAUUCUUCGAUUGAAAUUUAAUGCGAGAACUUGUACCCAAUGCAAUGUUUCAGGCAAUGUCAUCACAAUUGAUGUUUUUACUUGUACUUUCAAUGAUCCUCUUGGGAGUUAUUAUAUAGCGGUGGAUAAUAAUUUUAUAAAGAGCGCAGAAUAUAAUGAACCUAUAAUGGGAAUUUAUCCGAAUGUAUGGACUUUUGCGACAGGUGAUUCAAAUAGUGGACAACGCGCUGAUAACAUCUAUGGAUCAUUGCGACUAACAGCCGAUGGAACUAAGCGUUUUCAAGGGUUGAGCAGCGAUGCAAAACGUAGCUUUACCUAUUCUUUGAUAGACGAACUUAUAGAUAGAAUUCCUACAAAGAGAGGGAGGUUGGGUACAACUGAAAAUUAUCAAUUAGAUACAUCCGAUUUAUCGAAAGUUAUUAUAUCGAUUGCUAUUUAUGAGAAAAGAAAUAAUGAUGACAAAAUGAUUACUACAAACAUACGGGACUAUUUAGACCAGUUAGUACGAUAUAAAAAUUAUACGAAUAUAUUAACAGGAUCUUAUACAUCUUAUCUAGAUGAAACUUAUGGAUAUCACCCAGCUAUAAGCAUAGCAGAAUACUUUAACUUACACAAGACAAAGUUCAUUGUAUUGUUUUUAAUCAUAGCAUUUUUCACGUUAGCAUUCCUUGGAGCUUUGGGAAUAACUAAACGUGAUAAAGCCAGAGCCAUACAAAAAGCCAAAGAAACAGGAAAAGAACCAGAAUAUGAAGAAAGCGAAAACUUUAUCAUUCUCCAACUUGGUAUUGCCUUGUUUCGUUUUGGCACCUUCACAGCAUUUAUUAUUCUUGAUUCCAAAUCCAUCCCAUAUCUUUUUAUACCGAGUAUGACAGUUUUAGUGGUCCCCACCGCAAUCAACUUAUUUCUAGCAUUUUGGGUAUUGUUUUCUGAUCAGAGCCAGAAUAAAAAUGGAGAUAAGAAAAAUAAUGAAAACGGAGAUAAUAAAUAUAAUGAAAACGGAGAUAAGAAAUAUAAUGAAAAGGGCGAUAAAAAAGAUAAUGAAAUUGGCUAUCAGAAGGAUAUUAAAUAUGAUGAUGAGGAUAAUGAGAGGAAAUAUGUCAGAUGGUUUGCUAGACAUGGAAGAGUUGCUGUUACGAUUGCAUUAUUAUCUGGCACGAAUAUUGAUGUAUUAUUAAUGUUAAAAUCGUGUUUGGCGGGACUUAAGACGUUCAAUGCACCAUUUAACGAUAAGUCAUUGAAAAUAAUCUUUUGGGGUGCAUGCGCUGACAUAUUUUUGUCAGAUAUACCACAAUUCAUUAUCCAGAUAUUAUUCAUUACUUCUAGCGUCCUACUUGAUCCCAUUCCGCCAUUCACCUUAGCAUCGUCAGGUAUCUCAAUACUUUCCAGCGUAAUUAGUAAAAUUUUCUUUAUUAAAUUUAAGGCAUUUUCGCCUUAUUUAAGUCAUUUACAAAAAAAGAAAAAUGAUGAACAAGUGAAUGGACCAGACGUUAAUGACGUUAGUGAAACGGAUAUAGCUGGUUAA